CGAGGCGAUUACGACGUCAUGGGUGACGAUGACGCCGAUGCGGGCGGACCGAACGAUCCGGUGCGAUCGGUACAAGGUUGGAUCGUACUCGUCACGGGCGUGCACGAGGAGGCGCAGGAGGACGACGUGCACGAGGCGUUCGCGGACUUUGGAGAGAUUAAAAACCUCCACUUGAACCUCGAUCGCCGCACGGGAUACGUGAAAGGUUACGCAUUGGUAGAGUACGACACCAAGGCUGAGGCGCAGGCCGCGAUCGACGGCAUGGACGGCGAGACCGUGCUCGACCAGCCCGUACGCGCGAGCUGGGCGUUCGUUCGAGGC